ACCAACGGAGGGUGGGUUUGCCCUUUGCCACUCACUCUCAACUUCCAAAGCUGGUCGGCGACGUCUUCCCGGGAAAGAUUUGACCCUUCCUCUGGAAUCCAAUUCUUAUCUCUCUAUAAUAUCAAUUUGAGAAAUUGAAAACGCACGAAUAAAGUCAUUAUUAUUUUGUGAGAUAAUUGAUUUAGUUUUUCUUCCAUGGCUUCUACGGUCGCGAUACAUCCGGCGGAGAAUUCGCAAAUCCCAGUGGAUCUGUUCGUGUCCAGGAAACAUCCCGACCUUACACGUGGUGAUCUGGGGUUCGCUGAUUCUUCUGGUAAUAUUGUUUUCAGGGUAAGCCUUGAAUCUCGUCGUCGUAGAUCAUCGUCCUCGUCCUCGUGUUCGGCUCCUAAAAGAGUGUUGCUUGAUGCGGCGGGAGUUCCUCUUAUUUCCAUGUACCGUCACCAGAAUGGAUCUUGGCAAGGGUAUAAGGGAAAUGGCGGCUGUGGUGGCGAAGACAAAGAAAAGGACUUGAUAUUUAGAGUGGAGAGGAAAGUGAAGACUCUUACCCGGAUUGAAUUGAAGGUAUUCCUUGUUGGAGGAAACUCAACAUGUGAGUUAAGGAUAAAAGGUUGCCCUUUCCAAAGAUCUUGCACCAUCUAUACAGGUGACUCCAUUCAGUCCAUUGUAGCCCAGAGCAAUCUCAUGUACAAGCUUCAUCAAGUGUUUGUUAAGAGGAGUGAAUUUCGAGUGACCAUAUUUCCUGGGAAUGAUCAUGCUUUAGUUGCUGCUUUGAUUCUAGUAUUCUUGGAUGGACAUAUGUAAUGGAACUUACGAGAGGUCAUUGUGCAUUUGUUCCAUUGUUUCAGGGUAAAUUCACUUCUGUAUUGUCCCUCUUGGUUUAGAAACUUAUAAUUUAAACAGGAACGUGAUACUUAUUAAUGACAAGCAAGAUGAGAUGUGCCCCUGUAAUUUUUCA